AUUUGUUUGUAUUGAACAUUUUGUUGACAUCUCCAAUUUCUGGGUGGAGAGUUUAUCAUAACAUUUUUUCAAAUAUGUUGAAUCAGUUUCAUGCAAGGAAUAAUUGUGAAACUGAAGCAAAGUUUAUCCAAGGAAGAAUACACUCUGUUGAAAGGAAUGUAGGAGAACUUUGCAAUAUUUUUGCACAAUAUUCUCGGAAAGCUGCCCGUUUGCGCGACAAAGGAGAUGAACUAGCAAAAUUCACCUUGCAAUAUGCUGAAACAGAAAGUAUUAGCAAAUCUUUAGCUGCUGGUCUAGAAGGAUUUGCUGAAUCUGUUUCAAUUAUCAGUGAUUAUGAGGAUAUGAGAGUCCAUGAAAUAGAUUCAAAGGUUGUUUCAGAGUUUGCAAAGUAUGAGGAUAUUUGUAAAAAUGCUAAAGAAGAAGUAAAGGGCAUAUAUAGUGCAAGGGAUAAAGAGAUGACUAGAAGAAAACAAUUGGAUAGGAUUAGAGAUAGGAAUCCCAGGAACAGACAACAAAUUAUUCAAGCUGAAACGGAGUUAGUGAAAGCCACUGCUGAAGUAUCAAAAUCAAUUCACAGUCUGGAGGAUAAAACGAACUCUUUUGAAAAGCAGAAACUACAUGAUAUCAAAUCUAUUUUAUUAGAUUUCAUAACUAUUGAGAUAGGGUACCAUUCCAAAUGCUUAGAAGUGCUAACGAAAGCUUAUAAUGAGGUGGAUUCAAUAAAUGAAGAAUCUGAUUUGGAGGAAUUCAAGAAGUCUCUUCGUAUUCCUGACACUAUUCAGUACAAAUCCUCCAGGACAAGUUCAUUAUUCAGAUCAUCAAAUUCUCUGGGAUCACUAGGUAUGAUUUUUUCUUCUACUCACAAUAAAAGAACUCCAGGUAUUCCAUCAAUUUCCAAGGAGAAAUUGUCAAAGGCAAAAAGCGAAGACACCUUGGACUCAAUGAAGAAUAGUAUAUCAGAAAGUGAAGAGGAGAAUGAAAGUGAAUCUGAAGAAAAUGCCACUUCUUCUGACAAUAAGAACUCACCAAUUGUUAUAAGAAAAUUCAGACAUUAAACAAAAAAGUUUAUUGUCUUAUGCAUUUCUUUACUCAUUUAUCCUCAUAUCCCAUAUUC